AUGUCCUGGCCCAACCACAAUGGAUACCAGUGCUACUCCAUCAAAGAACGAACAAACAUGUUAACGGUUCUUGUCGAGUCAUUAAAGAAGACCCCGCUGGCUGCUGGGGCUAUUGCCCUGGUCGCGAUAAUAUUGGUAUAUGUCGUCUACCAGCGGCACCUCCAUCCCCUGGCCAAAUACCCGGGCCCGUUCCUCGCUAGUGUCACAGAUCUAUGGCAGGCUCAUCAGUUCUUUACCCUCCAACAGCCAUAUAACCUGACAAAACUUCACGAAAAGUACGGGCCUGUUGUCAGAUAUGGGCCUGAUAAAUUGAGUGUCAUAUAUGAAAGCGCCGUACCGAUAAUUUAUCAGAAAAGCGCGAGGACCAUGCCGAAAACCGAGUUCUACGACGCAUAUGGAGCCGCCCACCCAAAUGUAUUCGGCAUGCGUGAUGAAACAUUACAUUCCACAAGACGGCGUCAUAUGUCACACAGUUUCUCCCUGAGUUAUAUCAAGGAAAUGGAGAAGUACAUGGACCUUAACAUCCACAUCUUAAAGGACCGGAUCCGGACUUACUGCUCCACGGGAGAAGUUUUCAACGUGAAGAAAUUACUACAUUACUAUAUGAUUGAUGUGAUUGGGGAGCUUGCCUUUAGUCAGUCCUUCGGGGUGCAAGAAGCCGAUGACGAGUUGCUUGUUCCUCCCGUCAUUGAACACAGCCUCCUAGCCGCCGUGACUGGCGCAUGGCCUUCCAUGACAAAGACGUUGAAGAAGUGGCUCCCUUUUGUACCGCAUCGCGGUCUUCGAAACCUCUUUGCGGGUCGAAAGGCUUGCGCAGAUCUUGCUUCGACGUGCGUCCAGCAUCGAUUGACCGACCUUAAGGGCAAUGGAACCUCUCUCAACCUGGAAGAUAGAAAAGAUAUCUUGACCAAUCUGAUCAAGGCCAAACACCCGGAGACUGGCGAGAGACUUACACAAAUUGACCUGGAAACAGAGGCGUUUGGUUUUAUUAUCGCAGGAACCCACACAACAAGUGCUACCUCAACCCUCUUAUUUUAUCAUCUCCUUCACAACCCCGAGCCUAUGCGGAAAUGUAUCGAGGAGAUUGACUCUAACCUCCCCAUCCUCGAAUCCACCGAGCCCGCAUACUCCGUCACCACCGCCGAAUCCUCCCUCCCAUUUCUCCGCAACUGUGUGCGGGAGAACUUCCGCAUCACACCAGUCUUCACAAUGCCGCUUGCACGCCGGGUUAUGGACCCAGCAGGGAUAAGAAUCGAGGGUAAUCACUUUCCCCAAGGGACAUCCCUCGCCGUCUGCAACCAUGCAUUCCACCACAACCCCGCAGUAUGGGGCCCAGACCAUAACGUCUUCAAUCCAACCCGAUGGGACGACCCCAACGUAAACGCCAGGGCACGCCUCCUGAUGCAUUUCGGGCUGGGUGGCCGACAGUGUAUCGGAAAGACGGUAGCCACGACAAACAUAUACAAGCUGUUCAGCACGCUUCUUAAGGAAUUCACGUUCGAGCUGGCGGAUGAGCAAGAGCGGUUGGAAGUGGAAAUGGGGAGGUAUAAGGGGGCGAUCCCCGACCUGGUCAGUGUUGGGAUUAGUGAUAUGAAAGGGCCGUUGCUUGUUAGGGCUAGGGUUCGUUGA